AUGUUCUACACCAACACUACCACUUACCACCCAGACACGUUUUUUCUUACUGGCAUCCCAGGACUUGAGGCUUCCCAUGGCUGGAUUUCCCUGCCUUUUUGCUUUGUUUACUUGAUGGCUUUUCUGGGUAAUGCUACAAUUCUACUGAUCAUCUGGUCUGAUCGGACCCUGUGGGAUCCCAUGUUCUACUUUCUAGCCUUUUUAUCAGCUGUAGAUCUAGCCCUCUCUACAUCCUCGGUGCCUCGAAUGUUAGGUAUCUUCUGGUUUGAUGCGCAUGAAAUUGGUUUUGGAGCCUGUGUGGCUCAGAUGUUUCUGAUACACACCUUCACAGGGAUGGAGUCUGCUGUUUUGUUGUCAAUGGCCUUUGACCGCUACGUGGCCAUCUGUGCACCACUCCACUAUACAACCACCCUGACACCCCGAUUGCUGGUAGGCAUUGGGGUGGGUAUUGUGAUGCGCCCCAUCCUGCUCAUGUUGCCUAUUCUGUACCUAACCCACCGUCUGCCUUUCUGUGAGGCUCGAAUUAUUGCCCACUCCUACUGUGAGCACAUGGGCAUUGCCAAGCUGGCCUGUGCUAGCAUUCGCAUCAAUGCCAUUUAUGGGCUCUUUGUGGCUUCUUUUCUUAUUUUGGAUGUGGCACUGGUUGGAAUCUCCUAUGCUUACAUUCUACAUGCUGUUUUCAGCCUCCCAUCUCGAGACGCUCGUCAGAAAGCACUGAGCACUUGUGGCUCUCAUGUUGGGGUCAUGUGUGUUUUCUAUACACCUUCCCUCUUCUCCUUCCUCACUCACCGAUUUGGUAAAAAAAUCCCCCGUUAUGUACACAUUUUUGUUGCCAACCUGUAUGUGGUCAUACCACCUGCCCUCAACCCUAUUAUUUACGGUGUGAGAACUAAGCGAAUUCAUGAACGUGUGGUCCGUGUUUUCACCUCAAAGUAG